UUGGCACUUCAAAAUUAGUGUGGGAUACUAUAGCUUGCGCAAAGGUAAAUUUUUUUGUGUUUUUUUGGUGUAUAUUUGGAUUUUAGGGUUUUAACCAAAUUUGUUUAUUUUUUCAAAUGUAGGUUUGUAGUUGUUAAAUCAAGACUAAUCUUAAUCAUCCAUAAGCAUUGAAGAAAAUGGCAUCAUUUCGCGUCACUAUAGUAUGUUUUUGGAAUGGUUGUAUUAGAGAAAAUAAUGGCAAAGUUCAUUAUGUUGGGGGAAGACGUAAGUUGUUUCCUUGCAAUUCGAACAUGGAUUUGAAUCACUUUAGACGUUUUAUAUCUUCUAAGAUUGGAUUGGACCCUACUAGAAGUACCGUAAAUAUAAGCUUUAAAUAUGCCUUGAGUGGAGAAUUUAUUGCCUUUCCUGUUGAGGAUGAUGAGGCUAUAGAUGCGAUGUGGGAGCAUUCAAAGUACACCCAAAUUCCCUCUUUGGAGUUAUACGUAGAAGAAGUACCAUUAGAGAAUGUAGUUGCUUCUAAUCCUACUCCUACCCCUAUGCCUAUAGUAACUCAAGAAACUGUAAAUCCCGUCGUUUCUUAA